AUGUCUAGCGCAGUAGAACGCAUUGAUGAUGAAGUAACGUCGAGCCCGUAUGGGUCUGAGCAGGAGAAGAAGACCCCCGCACCAGGUAUCCAAGAGCGAUUUGGAGAUCAGAUUCCUCACUUGAUGCUCGAGACAUUGGCUCCAAAUGGCGAAGUGGACUACAUCCUGGAAAAGAUCAACAGCAUGACCGAGGAAGAAGCCGUGGCAAUCCUCGAUGAGUCUGUCAAGUUCCAUGCAGACGACUGGAAUUUUCCGGCAGACAUGCGAGAUCGAAUGAAGCGAUUGCUUGAGGGUCCAAAGGCUUAUGGUGAAUUCUAUGACCGAGAUCUGAGGAUUGACGCGACUAUGAUGAGAUACUCGUCUCCCUACCCGGGAGUCAGAGCAGUGGCAGAGCCUCUGGAUAACUCAGAUGUUCCAUUCGAAACCAUUAGAGCAUAUUUCUUGGGUGUCGGCUGGGCCAUUAUUGGUACUUUCAUGUCAACCUUUUUCAAUAGUCGAUUCCCCUCAAUCACUCUGGGCGGACCGGUGAUCCAGAUCUUGCUGUUUCCCUGUGGUAAAUUCCUGCAGUUUGUCUUGCCAGAUUGGGGAAUUACUGUAAUGGGCACCCGUCACUCUCUAAACCCUGGUAUCUGGAACUUUAAGGAGGCAAUGUUCGCUACAAUCACGUAUAAUGUAGCGAUUUACACAACCAACAGCUACGGAAUGAUUCUGGUUCAAAAGUCACCAGUAUUUUACGGCGAAACUUUUGUCACAUUCGGUUACCAAUUAAUGUUGACAUUAUUUGUUCAGCUGAUGGGAAUGGGCUUUGCUGGAUAUCUGAGACGUUUCAGUGUGUACCCGGUCAAGGCUCUAUGGCCUACAGUCUUGCCAAUAAUUGCAAUGAAUCGAGCGCUGACUCGACCCGAGCUGAAGGAGAACAUAUAUGGAUGGACGAUUUCCAGAUACAAGUUCUUCUUAAUUUGUACCAUCAGCAUGUUUGUCUACUAUUGGCUCCCAGGAUUUCUGUUUACGGCACUUUCAACCUUCAACUGGAUGACCUGGAUCGAUCCUAAGAACCUCACUCUUGCAAUCCUUACAGGGUCCAGCUUAGGUUUGGGCUUGUUCAAUCCGAUCACUACUUUUGACUGGAAUGUUGCAACAUCUUCGUAUGCUGCUUUGGCACAGCCCUUCUUUAGUACCUGCACAAUGUACUUUGGGAGUAUCCUUGGCGGCUUCAUAAUUCUGGGAAUUUAUUACUCCAAUAUGUACAACACGGGUUACCUCCCAAUCAAUUCGUCUUCAGCUUACACAAACAACGGUACCUCCUACAAAGUACAGCAAAUAGUAGUUAACAACAAACUCGACGAGUCUCUGUAUCAACAGUAUUCGCCUCCAUUCUAUACCGCGGGUUACAUUCUGACAGUUGGAGCGAACUUUGCAUUUUACCCAGUGUAUUUUCUCUACAUCAUGGUCAACCAGUGGAGCACUGUUUCGGAAGCCUAUGUCAAUUUCUACAAAGGGCUCCGGCACGGAAGGGGCAACUAUGAAGGAGCGAUGGACGUGCACAGCCGGCUGAUGUCGAAGUACAAGGAAGUCCCCGAUUGGUGGUUCCUCUUGAUUCUAGUAGCCGCUAUCGUCGUUUCGGUAGUUUUCCUCGAGAUCUACCCACUUGAUACUCCAGUCUGGCUCGUCUUUGUGAUGAUUGGCAUCAACCUCGUCUUUGCCGUCCCCCUUUCUUUCUUGUCGGCAACAACAGGUACCAACCUGGGACUGGGCUCCCUGAUUCAGGUGAUCACCGGUUUCAUCUUGCCAAACAACCCCAAUGCCUUCCUGUUUGCACAAACGCUGGGCUCUUGGGCUCUUGCUGGAUACGGAGACAACUAUGUUCAGGAUCAAAAAAUGGCUCAUUACUGCAAGAUUGCUCCUAGAGCUGUAUUCAGGAGUCAGAUUGGAACAAUCAUCAUCACUUGCUUCGUGGCGGUCGGCACGCAAGACUUCAUCCUCACAAGCGUCAAAGGUCUAUGCACGCCUGACCAGCCAAGCAGAUUCACUUGCGCCAAUGAUGGAUUCCCUCUUUACGCCAGUUCUCUAAUGUGGGGUCUACUUGGAUCUGACAGGAUGUUCAACUCGCUUUACCCGCUCUUCAAAUGGUGUUUCCUGAUUGGUUUUGGCAUAGCCGCUUUGUUCCUGGCCGGGCAACAUUUCGGACCGAAAUACUUACCGGGUGUUCGAGAAAAGUUGAGGUUGAAACUCAGACCGCGGACUUUUGAGCUCAUGAACAAGACUUUGUUCCCGUUUUUUGCCUCGCUGCUCUGGCUAAAUCCAAUUCUCAUCAUCCAGGGAGUCCAGCAUUGGGCGCCGUCUAAUAUGACCUACAAAACCCCCGGCAUGAUAUUGUCCUUCGUCUUCAUGUACUGGCUGCCACGGCAUCGGCUGGCGUGGUGGGAGAAGUACAACUAUACGCUAUCUGCAGCUUUGACUGCGGGGGUUGCUCUCAGUGGUCUUAUCAUGUUUUUUGCCAUUGGGUAUCAUCCAAAGAGUUUGAGCUGGUGGGGCAACAAGGUUAGUUCUGCAGGAGUGGAUGGUUCGCUGAUUGGCAUCUUGCCACUUCCGGUACGAGGCUACUUUGGGCCUGAGAAGGGGAGCUUUCCGUAA